ACGGCCCCGGCGCACCUCAACGCGGCGGCGCCACACUACAAAAAAAAAAAAAAAUCCACCACCACUCCUAGCUUCCGCUGCGCACUGCUACUCCGAGGCUGCGAGGCACAAGCGCAGAGCAAACCCUCGGCUAGCUAGCUCGCCAGCCAGUGACAAAGAGUGCUCGCGCCGCCGCAGCUGAGCUGAGAAGCUAGGGACUAGGGAGCUAGGGGAUCGGCCGGCUCGGCUCGGUGUGGUGCUGCCCAUGGCCGGCGCCGCCGGCGACGGUACGGAAGGGGUCGGCGGCGAGUGGCCCUUCGCUGGCGCCGACGCCUUCGCGGAGUACUCGUCGUCCGUCUUCGCGGAGCUUGGCUGGCCGGGCGGCCUGGCCGCGGGCGCCGGGGAGCUGCCGGUGCUGGAUCUGCCCGAGGCGGCGGCGCCGCCUGCGGAGGCGACGCGGCUGGAGGAGGUCGUAGCGCCAGCCAGGUCAGGGGACGCCGCCGCUUCGUCGAGCUCAAGCGGGGACGGGGACGGCGCCGCGCCGGGGAGCUACGACGGGAAGCCAGCCGCCGAGCCAGCGAGUACGAAGCCGGCGGCGGCGAAGAAGGGGCUGAAGCGGGCGCGGCAGCCGCGGUUCGCGUUCAUGACCAAAAGCGAGAUCGAUCACCUAGAGGACGGCUACAGAUGGAGGAAGUACGGUCAGAAAGCUGUCAAGAACAGUCCUUUCCCAAGGAGCUACUACAGAUGCACCAACAGCAAAUGCACCGUGAAGAAGCGCGUGGAGCGUUCCUCGGCCGACCCCUCCGUGGUGAUCACCACCUACGAGAGCCAGCACUGCCACCACAUCGGCUCGUUCCAGCGCGGCGGCGCAGUAGGCGCCGCCGCGGCCCACAUCCAUCGCAGCGCGGCGGCCGUCGCGCUUGCGGAGCAGAUGUCGCCGUUCAUUCCCCCGCAGCAGCUGUACGCCUUGCCGCGGUUGCACCCACAGAGCUCGCCGUCCUCGGAGACCGUCGUUAGCCCGGCGUCCACAUCGAUAUCUUUGCAGCAGCUGAACGGCAGCGGCGACGAGCAGCGGCGGACAAGCUUCAGCCCGAGGGUGUCAUCCCCGGCGCGGUCGCCGACGACGCCGUCACCGGCCAUCGCAGUUGAGAAGGCCGGCGGGCUGCUGGACGAUAUGGUGCCUCAUGGAGUAAGGCAUGGAUGAUGGCAAAAUGGUAAAGAAACUGAGGAGUACGUCGUAGGAGCAAUUGGCACUUCAGCCAUACGUGGUGCAACAAAUAUAUAUGAAUGUGGGUCUGCUUGCUAGUACACAUGUGAUUGAGUGAUGACUCGGUUGAGGGAUUAGAAUUUUUUUCAGUGACAUGAUAGUCGGAGUUAAAUUUUUGUCUUAGGAAAUAGUUGGAUAACCUUUUUUUCUAUUCCAUCUCCAGCGUCCGUUUUGACUAACUAGUUCUUUUACAUAUUGUUCAUGGUGUAGUAGGGGAAAAUGCGGUUGAUAAAUAGGUGAAUGUGCCAUAUAUAUAUAUAUCCCUUUUGGCAUAUAUGCUUUGCCAUCAUCUACAGAAAUCCAUAUAAACACUCAUAUAUAGUAUAUCGGAUCGGAAGGAAAGACGUGUGUGUGUAUGUGUGUACAUGUGCGUUCAUACUUGUGCACCAGCAAGACCAUUAUUCCCAUCUUUUUAAUCAAGGAUAUAGAGUGACUUGACCUGUGUGGAGUCUGACCUAAUUCAAGUCCACACACACAUCUG